AUGCUCUGCUUCCUCGGCAAGUCGCUUUUGCCUCCCCGCGCACUAGCACCGCAGGUUCCCCCUCUCGCCUCCACAGCCUCCCGUUGCGCCUCCUUCCGAAGAGCAAUCGUCGCUCCUCCGUCGUCCACGCGUCUCCGGCGACCAGUGCGACUCAUGGCGACCGCAGCGCCGCCAUCGGUGCCGGCUAUCCGUCUGUCGAGCGGCUACGACAUGCCGGUGGUGGGGAUGGGCGUGUGGCGCGCCGACAAGGGCAGGCUCGGCGCGCUUAUCAAGGAAGCGGUGGCGCUUGGUUACCGCCACUUUGACUGCGCGGCGGACUACGGCAACGAGGCGGAGGUGGGGGAGGCGCUAUCCGCGGUGCUGGAGGCGGGCGCGGUGAGGCGAGAGGAGCUGUUCAUCACGAGCAAGCUGUGGAACAGCGACCACGCGCACGUGCGUGCAGCGUGCGAACAGUCCCUAAAAGAUCUGCGGCUGGAAUACCUGGACCUGUACCUCGUGCACUUCCCCAUCGCCACCAAACACACCGGCAUAGGCAGCACGAGCAGUGCGAUGGGGUCGGAUGGCAUGUUGGACAUAGACAUCACAGUGCCGCUGCAUGAGGUGUGGCGCCACAUGGAGGCACUCGUUAAGGAUGGCCUUGUGCGCUCCAUCGGCAUCAGCAACUACGAUGUGUACCUGACGCGGGACUGUCUGGCGUACAGCAGCAGUGUGAGGCCGGCAGUGAACCAGGUGGAGACGCACCCCUACUUCCACCGCGCCUCGCUGCUGCGCUUCUGCGCCAAGCACGGCGUCACCCUCACCGCCCACACGCCCCUGGGUGGCGGCGCUGCCAACGAGGAGCUCUUCAAGUCCAAGUCGCCGCUCUCCGACCCCGUCGUGCUCGAGCUGGCUGCGAAGCACAGCAGGACGGCAGCGCAGGUGGUGCUGCGGUGGGGCGUGCAGCGCAACACGGUGGUGAUACCCAAGUCCAACCGAGUGGAGCGCCUGGCGGAGAACAUCGCCAUCUUUGACUUUGAGCUCGACGCUGGCGACAUGGCCAGGAUGGAGGCCCUUGAUGCCAAGGCUAGGAGCAACAACCCGGCUCCGUUUUGGGGCAUCGAUUUCCAAGGCAGCAGGUUGGGGUGGGAGGUGCAGGUGAGAGCAGGAGAGGUGGAGAGGGCAAGUAUGGAGACCAUCGGAGCGUCCGCUCUGCGCUCCCCCGCGCUCUCGCCCGCGAAAGCGCAGGAGAUCAGCUCGCGCGCCUUCCGCGCCGCCCAGCCCGUUGCCGCGCCCGUCGCUCGACCUCGCUGCGGCGCCAGAACCGCCGCAUUGCGCGGGCUGGGCGUGCGGGCAGAGAGCGGCGCUACGGAGACUGAGAGCUCCGCGACGGCGGCGGACGGUGAGGGGAAGGCGCUGAACCGAUGGAGUUCGCGAAUCACGCAGCCCAAGUCGCAGGGCGCGUCGCAGGCGAUGCUGUACGGCGUGGGGCUCACCGAGGCCGACAUGCACAAGGCGCAGGUGGGGAUCUCGUCGGUGUGGUACGAGGGCAACACGUGCAACAUGCACCUGCUGCAGCUCGCUGAGGCCGUGAAGAGCGGCGUGACGGACGCGGGGCUGGUGGGGUUCCGGUUCAACACGAUCGGCGUGAGCGACGGCAUCUCCAUGGGCACGGACGGCAUGAGCUACAGCCUGCAGUCGCGCGACCUCAUCGCGGAUAGCAUUGAGACGGUCAUGGCGGCGCAGUGGUACGACGCCAACAUCUCCAUCCCCGGCUGCGAUAAAAACAUGCCUGGCACGGUGAUGGCAAUGGCGAGGCUCAACCGACCAGCCAUCAUGAUCUAUGGCGGCACCAUCAAGCCGGGGCAUUUCGAAGGAGCCACUCUCGACAUCGUCAAUGCCUUCCAGAGCUACGGCGAGUACGUGGCGGGGAGGAUAACGGAGGAGGAGAGGCAGCAGGUGGUGCGCCACUCGUGUCCGGGGCAGGGCGCGUGUGGAGGCAUGUACACCGCCAACACCAUGGCCUCCGCCAUUGAGGCGCUGGGGCUCACACUGCCCUACAGCUCCUCCAUCCCAGCGGAGGACCCCUUGAAGCUGGACGAGUGUCGCCUGGCGGGGGCGGCCAUCAAGCGGCUGUUGGAGCUGGACGUGAAGCCGCGGGACAUCAUCACGCGGGAAUCGCUGGAAAACGCCAUCACCACCGUCAUUGCUCUGGGGGGCUCAACUAACGCCGUGCUGCACCUCAUCGCCAUCGCCAGGGCGGUGGGGCUGAACCUAACACUGGACGACUUCCAGGCCAUCAGUGACCGCGUGCCGUUCAUUGCUGACCUCAAGCCCAGCGGCAAAUACGUCAUGGAGGACGUGCACAAGAUCGGCGGCACGCCAGCAGUGCUCAAGUACCUGCUGGAGAAGGGGCUGCUGCACGGCCACUGCUUGACUGUGACGGGCAAGACCCUCGCAGAGAAUCUCGCCUCCGUGCCGCCACUCUCCCCCGGCCAGGACGUCAUUCGCCCAUUGGAGGAGCCCAUCAAGCAAACCGGCCACUUGCAGAUUCUGUACGGCAAUCUGGCGCCGGAGGGGUCGGUGGCCAAGAUCACGGGCAAGGAGGGGCUCUACUUCAAAGGCCCGGCGUUGGUGUUUGAGGGCGAGGAGGCCAUGCUGGAGGCACUCUCUGCCGACCCCAACAGCUUCAAGGGAGCGGUGGUGGUGAUACGGGGCGAGGGCCCCAAGGGCGGGCCGGGCAUGCCGGAGAUGCUCACUCCCACCUCCGCCAUCAUGGGCGCUGGGCUUGGCAAGGAGGUGGCGCUGCUGACGGACGGGCGCUUCUCUGGUGGCUCGCACGGCUUCGUGGUUGGUCACAUCUGCCCCGAGGCCCAGGUGGGCGGCCCCAUAGGGCUGGUGCAGAACGGGGACAUGAUCACCAUCGACGUGGAGAAGAGGGCCAUGGACAUGGAUGUGAGUGAAGACGAGCUGCAGCGCCGCCGUGCCAACUGGGUGGCACCGCCGCUCAAGGCCACCCGCGGCACGCUGUACAAGUACAUCAAGACGGUCAAGUCAGCGUCUGAAGGCUGCGUUACGGACGAGUAG